AAGACAGACAGUGGAUUCAGUGCAACAUGGCUUAAGUAAGCAAAGAAGUGAUUAGAUUCAAUAGAAAGUAGAUACCUAGAAGGCUUUCGUAUUGUCGUUGACUUACCCUAACACUGUAUUACGUGAAUGUUUUGCUCUGAUGAUGGUAAUAGAUAGUUUGCGUGUGGAUCUAUCUCGCAACUGGACUACCGUCCAAAAAUCUAGGCAAUUUAAUUUAAAUCUUCACUUAUACUCAUCACAAAUGGUUGGGGACCACAUGAUCUCAACGCCGUCCAUAAGACGAUGCCUGAAUUCUCGCAUUGACAUUGAAGUUGUAGUUGCAUUCAUAUUAAUUUUAGGUAAGUCCAGCAUCAGCGGCGAUCCAUGGCUGCGCUUUCUAAAGCGAUUGGAUCAACAACUUGACAAUGUGAGCACCCCUUCCACAGUCGUCUCUUUGAUAAAAUCUCGUAGAAAUGUCCUCCAUCCUGUGGAUUCUUGCGCGCAUAUUCUGCACAUCUCUCAGUUGCGGUCUACACUCUCUUCGCUGAUUUCUUUCUUUAAAGCGAAGCUUGUUGUAGUGCGCAAUGAAAGACUUCUCUUGUCCAUGCGGUGGCAAGCAACUCGUCGACUAUUUCUCGUCGCAUCAAUUCCAAACCAACAAUUGUAUUGGGUCAACACGAACACGAUGUUGCCGUUUACAAAUUUGUAUUUUCUUUGGCGUCCUAACAGAGUACGCCAGAAAAUGUAUUUUCUUCAGCCACCAGUGUACCGUGGACAUUAUCAGACCAAUCACCUGUCUAUUUCCAUAUAUUGUUGUUUUUGAAUUUGAUGAAAGCUUUACAAAGAGUCAUGAUAUGUAAUGGCUACCUGUACUAUCUAGUACACUUUAAAUGUCUAAGUUUGUCGUAAGCACUACAAAAUUCUGACGUUCCGGCUACCUUACGCUCACGCUCAGAAGGCAAAGUACCAUUGUCUCGAGUACCAGGGAUUUACUCUCACGGCUGGUGACGUUGAAGAUUAAAA